CCUGCACACAGAGCUCACUAUCAUAUCGAGAAACAUGCCUCCGAGAGGCGAUCGUGGUAGAGGCGGCGCCGGCGGGAAUCCGGGCCGUGGUGGUCCAGGUGGCGGAGGAGGAGGGGGAGGUAGAGGCGGGGGCGCCCGAGGUGGGGGCGGUGGUGGUGGAGGCCCCGGUCGAGGUGGAGGCAGUGGAGGCAGUGGUGGUGGUAGAGGUGGAGGGGGCUGGGGUCGCGGGGGGCCGCGUGGAGGAGCCCCACCGGGGUCGCCGACCCCAUCAUCUGCUCCCAGUGUAAGCAGUGCGGGAGGCGGCCGUGGGAGCCGUGGCGGGGGAGGUCCCGCGAUCCGCGGCAUGGGACGUGGGCGAGGUCGUGGGCAGACGACGGCACUCGCCUCUCAGGCGACGACGACGAUAGAUUCGUCUGUCGUGGCCGUCGGGGUCAAGCGUCCCAAUUUCGGGACGUCAGGCAAGAUCAUGCGGGCAGUGGUCAACAUGUACAGGCUCGAGAUCCCUGAUGGGACCACCUACCACUACGAUGACCUGAUCUCCGAGAAAACUCUGCCCAUCCGACGCAACAUGGAGUUGUUCAAGCAGCUCCAGAACGAGAUUGCACCCAAUGUCUUCACGGACAAGGUUUCCUACGACGGGCGCAAGAACGCCUAUGCGUCGUACCGGCUGAACAUACCCAAUGAUGCCGCAGAAUUCCAAAUCCCCAUCCCAAACGGAAAUCCUGACCGUCCUCCGCGCGUCUACCGGAUUAAGAUCAAGCUCGUCAAUCAGAUCAAUCCGGAGUUGCUGCUACGCUUCGUCGAAGGCAAGCAGUCGAACGACAAUGAAGCGAUCACAGCCAUCCAGGCUCUCAACGUCGUGCUCCGCAUGGAGCCGACGCAGAAGUAUCCGUUUAAUGUCCGCAGCUUCUACACGCCGCAGGGCAAGAGGGAGAUCAGGGGAGGAAUCGAGUUAUGGAGGGGGUACACCGAUAUUAACUCACACGCAAUGGCAACCCUUGUCGUGAACGUCGACGUUACAGCAGCCGUCUUCUACCAAUCGGGGCCGCUGAUAAGCCUAUGCCUCAAAUUCCUCAAUCGCGACCCUGGCAAUCCCGGAUACCUGGAGAGGCUCCAGGACCGCGAGCGGCUCGAGCUGAAGCGCUGGCUGACUGGCUUGAAGAUCUACGCUGGUGAUGGUGGCGGCGGCGGCAAUGGCGGUCGUCGCCCCCCUCGCGCGAUCACGGGACUAUCGCGCGAGUCAGCGACGACACUGUCCUUCCGCCUCAAGCGCGAGGGCCAGCCGGAGCGAUCCAUCACUGUCGCGCAGUACUUCCAGACCAUCCUGAACCGCCGAUUGCAAUACCCGAAGCUUCCGUGUGUCGAGGUCGGUUCAGGCAAGGCCAUGCUGCCCCUGGAGAUCUGCACGGUCCCCGAAGGCCAGCAGAUGCGUAAGGCGAUCCCUAAAGAUGCAACGCGCGACAUGGUCGAGUUCUCCGCGCAGCGACCGGAUGCCCGCUUUAACGCCAUCCAGGGCUCUCUCCAGCUCCUUGGAUAUGGCCAGAGCGAGUACGUCCGCAAAUUCGGCAUGUCGGUCGCGACACAGAUGCUCGAAGUCAACACGCGUGUCCUUGCGGCACCAAUCAUGCAAUAUGGACCGGGGUCGCGCCAGAAGACGGUGCCCGUCAGGAAUGGCGCCUGGAACAUGGCGGACAAGCACUUCUACGUACCGAUGCCGCUGGACUCGUGGGCCAUCAUGUGCCUCGACAGCGAGCGAUUCUUCCCACAAGGUGCCCUCGACUUCACGGUUGCUGGCCUCAAGGAUGCAGCCAGCAAAUGCGGUUCCUACCGCCCCGCGCAGCGCGGUGCUUAUGCCCUGCUCAAUGAGCUGCUCGUUGAGCUUCGGAACAAGGGCCUGGCCGUGAAGAUGAUCGUCGUCAUCCUUCCCAUGAACGGUGACCAGAUCUGGGAGCACACGAAAUUCUGGGGCGAUAUCGACAAAGGCGUCGCCACGCAGUGCCUGAAGGCGGAUAAGUGCAGGAAAGCGAACAUCCAGUACUGGGCGAACGUCUGCCUCAAGAUCAACGGCAAGCUCGGCGGCAUCAACGCCAUCGCGGACCCCCAGUCCGCCGCCGUGCUCUCCGACCCGCACCACUCGACCCUCGUACUCGGCGCGGACGUCAUCCAUCCGAGUCCGGGCUCCGUCGGCCGCCCCUCCUUCGCCGCAAUGGUCGGCAACGUCGACCGCAACGCGGCCAAGUAUAUCGCGACGAGCCGCGCACAGCGAUCGCGCCAGGAAUACAUCACGGACUUUGGGAACAUGGCGAAGGAAAUCAUUUCCUCGUACGCGAGCUACCGCCAGGUCAAGGAGGGCAAGGCCGGUGCCGCCGCCUGGCCGAGCAGGAUCAUCGUGUACCGCGACGGUGUCUCUGAACCUCAGUUCCCGCAUAUCAAGGAGCAAGAGCUACCGCUGCUUCAGGAGGCAUGCACGGAACUCGGCAUCAAGCCCAAGCCGCAGAUCACCUUCAUUCGCCACCACAUGCGUCUGCUCCCCAAGAACCCCGGCGACGCGGACAGGAGCGGGAACAUGCCCGCGGGCACGGUCGUCGACGCGGACAUCACGCACCCCGUCGAGUUCGACUUUUACCUGCAGAGUCAUGCUGGGCUGAAGGGGACGAGUCGGUCCGGGCAUUAUUCGGUGAGCGCGGACACGCUUCAGCACUUCACGUACAUCUUGUGCCAUGUAUACGCGCGGGCGACGCGCAGCGUCUCUAUCCCUGCCCCAACCUACUACGCCGACAUCGUCUGCUCGCGUGCCAAGACGCACUACAACCCGGGCGUCGACAUGUCGGCCGCGUCCGAGACCGCGUCGACGACAGCUGGCGAUGCUGCGGAGCAGAACCUUGCGAGCCAGUUCCGCCAGGUGCAUGCGACGCAGAAGAGCCGGAUGUACUUCCAGUAAUCGUUCUAGGAGUCACCAGGGGUCACUGGUGUGCAUUGGUGGGAUGCUCUGCGCAUAGUCGACGGGCAUGCUUUGUCAUCUCUGGCAAUUGCCCCUGAUGGUGCUCGCAAGCUGCUGUCUUCAGCUCCGAUCCUACUUUACCUACCUUUGAAUCCUCACAUUCGCAGAGUUUCUGCCAUCUUUGUACCUCAAUGAUUUCUGACACCAUGCUCCAUGUACUUGCAUCUCCUGUAGCAUCCCCCCAUCUCGCAUUCACUCGCUCUACAACCGACUACACGUAUGAGAUAGCUACGAUUCUGUCAAGGAAGAAGUUUGAAUGUUUUAAACACUGAAAUAGCGAAUGACUUACCAACGA